AUGCAUGAAGAGUCCCCGUCGUUGGGAUUGUUGGGCUACUUGCCCAGGCCAGACCCUGUUGAGCCCGGGUCGGCACAUGUCGCCACAUCCGAUGCGAGGGUGACCUCGCCGACAUUUCGGACAAACCUCGCGCAGGCAGCAGAGUCCACAUCAUUUGAUCCAUCCGGAAGUUGCAUGUCCGAAGGCCAUGCCGGCCUUCCUGCGUGGAUCGAUCAAGCCGAGGUGCUGGACUGCAGACUGGAGCACGCGGCUUUGGUGGCUCGGCAGCGUCGAUUACAAGAUGCCGAGCUGGAGGCCACAAGGGAAGAGACUCAGGUGCAGCUGAGGUUGGCGGCUUUCCGGGAAGAGGUGCUGCAAGAAAAGAAGCGGCAAGCAUUUCUCCAGGCAGCAUUGGAACGUGCACAGGCCGGCGGCCAAGCCAUGCGCAUCGCAUCCACGAUGACCUCCCAGCGCCAGGAAGUUGUAGUGGAAGCCCAAAAUCAGCUUCUGGCCGGGAAAGCUUUACUGUCUUCUCUUCUUCGGGAGUACCAGGGGCGACAGAUGCAGGAAGCGAAGGUUUCACGUCCUGCUGACAGCAACAUCAGCAACCCAUCAGGUCCUGACGACCUCAGGGCUUUGCAAGCAGAGCUUCAAGAGAUUCAAAUGGAGAUGGCGGCGGAGCAGGCACGAGCAACGCGCAUCAACCAGCAGACACAGGUCUUGGAAACCGAGAAGCGGUCCUUGCAGGCCAAGUCCAGGUCGGCCGAUGCGAUGUCCGAGUUACAGAUGCAGAUCCAGGAGCUGGCCGUUGGAGACCCAGAGGUGGGCGGUCGGCGGCACGACCAAGACCGAGAACACAAAGACAGCAUCCGAGCAGUGCAAAAAAUCUCACCCAGUUCUCAGGGCAGAUGGAGAUUGCAUGAGAUCGAUUCGAGUAAGACGAGGCCGGCAUGA